CAUUUGGUCGCUAGCCAGUUUAUUGCAGAGGGGACACAUGACAAGGCUUUCCUCUUUAGCUUCGAGGUCAAAACCUUCACUCCAAAACCUCACAAAACCCCCCCAAAACACUCCAAUUUCGCCUCAAAUCCCACUCAAAUUUACCAAUCCUGCUUCUCCCUCACCUUCAAAAGGUAACUCUCCGAUUAAUUAUCAUUGCAUUUCCCACUUUCUUUCUAGAAACGAUUGGUUUUUGUUGCUUAACCACGAGUUAAAAGCCAAGAGACUCAUUUUGAAUCCUCAGUUCGUGAUCAGUUUUUUUCAAAAUCAAGAAAACCCAUUGUUCCCUUUGAGAUUUUAUAUCUGGGUUUCCAAUAUCGACCCUCUAUUUGCAAAGAAUCCAUCGGUUAAGACUGCUUUAGCUAAUGCCCUUUAUCAAAAAGGUCCGGUUUUGUUAUCUGUUGAACUGGUUAAUCAUAUUAGGAAUUCAGGCCUUAGUUUCACUGAAGAUUUGAUUUGUGUUUUGAUUGGUAGUUGGGGAAGAUUAGGAUUAGCUAAGUAUUGUGCUGAGAUAUUUGGGCAGAUUUCAUUUUUGGGUGUUAAUCCUAGCACUAGAUUGUAUAAUGCCGUGAUUGAUGCGUUAAUAAAAUCCAAUUCACUUGAUUUAGCUUAUUUGAAGUUCCAACAAAUGUCAGCUGAUAACUGUAAACCAGAUAGGUUUACAUACAAUAUUCUCAUUCAUGGUGUUUGUAAAGCCGGUGUCAUCGAUGAGGCAGUUCGGUUAGUUAAGCAGAUGGAAGGUUUCGGAUACUCACCGAAUGUGUAUACUUAUACCAUCUUAAUUGAUGGGUACUGUAAUGCAAGGAAGGUCAAUGAUGCGUUUAGACUCAUUGAGACGAUGAAGAAAAGGAAUGUGUUUCCUAAUGAAGCCACCGUGAGAUCGUUGAUUCAUGGGGUUUUCCGUUGUGUGGCUCCACAAAAGGCAUUCGAGUUGUUGAUAAUGUUCUUGGAGAAGGAGCCUAUGAUGCAGAGAUUGGCUUGUGAUACUCUACUGUUUUGUCUUUCGAAUCACCAUAUGGCUACGGAAGCAGCAUUGUUUAUGAAUAAACUUUCUGGGAGAGGCUACAUGCCUGAUAAUUCAACAUUUAACCUUACAAUGACAUGUUUGAUAAAGGGAUUCAAUCUCAAUGAAACAUGUCAAAUUUUGGAUAGCUAUAUAGAGCGAGGUUUGAAACCAGGGUUUAAUACAUAUCUUGCACUUAUGCAAGCCUUGUAUAGUGUAGGGAAAUGUGUUGAGGGUGAUCGAUAUUUUGACCAGAUGACUAAGGGUGGGUCGUUAUCCACUGUUAUUUCGUAUAACAUGGUGAUCGAUUGCUUUUGCAAAGCUAGUAUGAUGGACAAGGCAAGGGAGACUUUUAACGAGAUGUGCUUUCGAGGUAUAGCUCCGACUCUUGUUACUUUCAAUACCCUUAUUGGUGGGCAUUGUAAGAUUGGACAAGUACAUGAUGCUAGGAAAUUUCUGGUAUUGCUUCUAGAAUUUGGUUUUGAUCCUGAUAUUUUCACAUUUAGUUCACUAAUUGAUGGACUUUGUCGAGCACAAAUGAUUGAUGAUGCUUUUGACUGUUUUACGGAAAUGUAUCGGUGGAAUGUCACCCCUAACGAUGUUACAUACAAUAUAUUGAUUCGUUCUUUAUGCGUAAUCGGGGAUGUUGCUAGAGCAAUGAAACUUGUAAGAAAAAUGCAGGCAGCUGGAAUAAGUGCUGAUGUUUUCUCUUUCAAUGCUCUCAUUCAAAGUUUUUGUAGAAUGAAGAAGAUCGAGAAAGCAAAAAAGCUUUUAGUCACCAUGUUGACGUUGGGGUUGGAUCCCGACAAAUAUACCUAUGGCACUUUUAUUAAGGCGUUUUGUGAAUCUGAAAGAUUUGAUGAAGCCAUUGGGAUGUUUCACUUGAUGGAAGCUAAAGGUUGUUUCCCCGAUCCCUACACAUGCAAUUUAGUUUUGGAGUCUUUAGUCUGGAAGGGUCGCUUGGAAGAUGCUCGGAAUAUUGUAAAACGAUGCAACCAAAGGGGUACUAAGUUAAACUUGAUUCCCGGGCUUUAGGAUUUGGUUAUUUAAAUGAAAUCGUUGGGGUUUAGGCUGAGAAGUGCAGACAGAUUAACCUGUGGUUCUCAAGCUACCUCAAUACGGUUGUCGAGAUUUUUAACUUUGCAAUGCAACGGAACAUCAGGUGGUCUACCUGUUCAUUUAUGCCAUACUAUCUGCUCAAGAUGUUGUACUUAUUAUCUGGCUGGAUGCGCGAGUUCAGUUGCUAGAAAAAUCAAGCAAUGAACUUCACUUGGCACCCUCUGCUCCCAGAUUAUUUUCAAAGAUUGAAAUUUUGCCACAUAUUAGCUGAAAUUCCGGACCAGAAUAAGGGGGGCUUUGGGGUUGAAGGUAGUUGCAUGCAGCAGCUGUAAUCUUCCCCUGAGAAUUUACAUGGUUUAUGCUUUUACAAGUGCUAACAGAAAUGAAUUGUUCUGCAUUUUAAGCUUUCUUAUAAUUAAAGCCUAUUAUUGUACUACGAGUAGUGUAAUAAAAGGUCAUCUCAAGAAGCUAUUCAAAAGAAAUAUGAUUUAUUUGAAGAGAAGGAUUCACUGUGUUUAUCAAGUUUGUUAAUAAUAAAAUUCAGAUUGACUAUCGGUCGUUGGGGGGAUUAAA